CUUUUAGUUUGAGGAAGUCUCCACCCCAAGAUGCCAUAUCACAGUUGCUCUAUCAUUCUGUCCGCACAGGCACAAAGAUUAGCAACAUGUUGCAAUACGUCUUGAUAUGGUGCUUUCUGGUGCUUAUGACUGCACAGAAUGAUACUCCUGAGUUCCUGUUCACCCCUUUGAUCCAAAAUGUGACAGAGGGCGACAAUGUGACACUUGAAUGUCCAGCGCGCGGGAACCCUGCUCCUGCAAUCAGCUGGGACCCCAACAAUGACACGUUGAGCGCCACUGAGAAUCAGACAACUCUCCUUAUUAUAGGAGUUUCCCAAAGCAAAAACUAUUCAUGCACAGCCACCAACCGAAAUGGGACAAUUUUUCAGACUUUUAAUGUGAAUGUUAAAAAGAAAUCCGCAACAUUCACAAACCAGUCAAAAACAGCAUGUCCACUGGAGUUUAUUCCCAAAAGGGUGGUGGAGAGAUACGGAGCCUCGUUGUCAGUCAUCUGUAGGCCUACCACAACGUCUGCGGAGCCUGACAUCAUUGGCUGGGAGGCUCCGAUUGGCAAAUGGAAUUUGAAUAUGCCUGACAAUAAGUCUGCUACUUGGAAUGUGGAAAAAUUUGAAGACUGGACAUUUGAGCCCUUCUGCUUUGGGACUUUUUCUGAUAAUCAGUGUUCCGUGACCCUGCCCAUCACACUUUACAAGACUCCAGACACGGUGUCCAUCUCUGUGCAGAACCACAGUGGUCCACUGCAGGAGGGCAGAAGGUACACACUGCAGUGUGACGUCUUCAACGUGGCUCCUUUAGCCGCCCUCACUGUGUCCUGGCUCUGGAAGGGGGAAAUAAUUCUAACACACACAUAUGAUGACAAUCUCACAAAGACGCCUGAAAAUGUGACGUUCACGUGGGAAAUCACCGCUUUUAGAAAUUAUAGUAAUGAGGUGAUCACAUGUCUGACGAUCUUGGAUCCCAAACAAGAUGGACCCUCACAGCAAGUUAACACAUCGAAAGACUUCCAAGUCAUUGUGCAUUAUGCUCCUGAGUUCCUGUUCACCCUUUUGAUCCGAAAUGUGACAGAGGGCGACAAUGUGACACUUGAAUGUCCAGCGCGCGGGAACCCUGCCCCUGCAAUCAGCUGGGACACAAACAAUGACACGUUGAGCACCACUGAGAAUCAGACUACUCUCCUUAUUAUAGGAGUUUCCCAAAGCAAAAGCUAUUCAUGCACAGCCACCAACCGACAUGGGACAAUUUUACAGACUUUUAAUGUGAAUGUUAAAAAGACCUCCACCAGUACCACCACCACCGCAACAACAAUAACAACUACCGCAACAUUCAUGAACCAGCCAACAGCAUGUCCGCUGGAGUUUAUUCCCAAAAGGGUGGUGGAGAGAUACGGAGCCUCGGUGUCAGUCAUCUGUAGGCCUACCACAACGUCUGCGGAGCCUGACAUCAUUGGCUGGGAGGCUCCGAUUGGCAAAUGGAAUUUGAAUAUGCCUGACAAUAAGUCUGCUACUUGGAAUGUGGAAAAAUUUGAAGACUGGACAUUUGAGCCCUUCUGCUUUGGGACUUAUUCUGAUUAUCAGUGUUCCGUGACCCUGCCCAUCACACUUUACAAGACUCCAGACACGGUGUCCAUCUCUGUGCAGAACCACAGUGGUCCACUGCAGGAGGGCAGAAGGUACACACUGCAGUGUGACGUCUUCAACGUGGCUCCUUUAGCCGCCCUCACUGUGUCCUGGCUCUGGAAGGGGGAAAUAAUUCGAACACAAACAUAUGAUGACCAUCUCACAAAGACGCCUGAAAACGUGUCGUCCACGUGGGAAAUCACCGCUUUUAGAAAUUAUAGUAAUGAGGUGAUCACAUGUCUGACGAUCUUGGAUCCCAAACAAGGUGGACCCUCACAGCAAGUUAACACAUCAGCAGUCUUCAAAGUCAUUGUGCAUUAUGCCCCUAAGUUCACUGAUGAAUAUGAUUCCGUGGAAGUGGUCACAGGCGGAAAUGUGUCCUUCGGCUGGAGUGCUGAGGGUAACCCGCCUCCUGAAGUCAAGUGCAAUUACCCAGUUGCUAUCAAUGCGAGGGCAACCACACGGGGUCGCCAGCAUACCGUUAGCAUCACAAGGGCCACGUCGGCCAACGGUGGAAUUUACAACUGCGUUGCCACGAAUGAAGUUGGUACUGCUACAUGGCAAACUACACUGACGAUAACCCCUCUAGAUCAUACCACUGGCGGUAACUACCCUCUGAUACUGGUUGUUAUUCUGGUCAUUAUCAUUAUUAUCAUGCUCUUGUGUUACUACUAUUGCACAAAAAAACAUGGUAGAUAUAGUUUAAUAAGCGCCAGAAAUAAUGAUGUCCCUCUGCACAAGUUGUAUAGGCUACUAACGAUAAGUUAUGAUCAGUUGUAUAAAGAACGAGCAAAAAUGUGAU